AUGACUCGUGGUCUUAACUCUACUGAGGUCAUGGGUGAAUGGCAAAUCCAGGCGAUUGUUGCUUUCACUCCCACCGGGGCCCAAUACGCGAUGGUUCUCCCCAGGGGUCUUCCGUUCAAAUUCGCACAGCUGAUAGAAACGUACGGACCCGUGUUCUCACUCAAGCAGGGUACGCGCAUCGUCUGUGUCGUAGGGCGGUAUCAGGCGGCGAUCGACACCAUGCAGAAGCACGGCGCCUACCUGGCAGACCGCCCCAUAUCCAUUGCCGCGGGUGAACUGGCCUCUGGUGGCAAGCGGACUCUGCUCGUGGGGGCGGGCGACCGGCUCCAGAAAUUACGAAAGUAA